UAAAGUCCGCGAACGCAUCAGCAUAGCACGAUAGCAGCAGGCUAACAGGAUUUAGCUCAGAGAAAUCCCCCGCUGGAGAAACGACGAGCGAGCACUCUUCGCUGGGCACUUCAACCCGAGUAACGCUGCGCUUUCAGACGAACACCGACAGAACAAUGCCAGAGCCAGCUGAGAUGAGCGGUCCAGAGGUCGCCAACACACCGGGAGGCGGAGCGCCGGGAAAGGAAGGGAAGGAGCCGGUGGCCAAUGGGCACGCAGGAGACGGACCCGAUGCCAACCCGUUUGCCGAGUACAUGUGGAUGGAGAACGAGGAGGAGUACAACAGACAGGUGGAAGAGGAGCUGUUGGAGCAGGAGUUCCUGGAGCGCUGCUUCCAGGAAAUGCUGGAGGAGGAAGACCAGGACUGGUUCAUCCCUUCGCGUGACCUCAACAACCAGGGAGUCGGCCAGCUGCAGCAGCAACUCAACGGGCUGUCGGUCAGCGACCACCACAGCAACGUGGAGGAAGUGGCGAGGAAGAGCAUCUUGAAUCCUGAAGCGAAGGAAUUUGUCCCAGGGAUGAAAUACUAGAAGUCCCCCUCACCCCCAUGGAGCCUCCAUGCACACAUGAGCCCUUGCACAUCCAGAGACUCUUUACGGCCAUGGCCGCACACAUUCUUAUUGUUACACACACACGCAUACACACACCGUACACACUUGAAGUCAGUGGCGUGCCGGUAGGCCCAGUCGGGGGGUGGGGGGAUUUCUUUUUUUUCUUUUCUUUUUUCCUCUUUAAUCUUUUUAUUUUUGUUUUUUUUCUCGUAAACUGAGGGGCGCUGGGCCCCGCAGACGCUAGCUCAUCGUUUGCAUUUCACGUGUCAUAUUUGCCGUUUUGCAGAGCAUGCAGAGCUCACUGUGGCUCCCUGGGAACUGUGGCAGCUACCUGAGAGAGAUGCCAGGUCAAAACGUCAACCCAAAGGCUUUACAAGAAAUCUAAAUCAGUUCGGAUCGACACUUGUAACUGCUUCAUUUUCAAUUUUUUUCUGCUUUGUUUGUUUUUUCUCCAAAAUGAGCAAACACCAUUUUUAGUAGGAAGAGGGUUUCAGCAACAGCAAGGCUAAAGAAGGACAAGAAUUUCAGGGGACUCCAGUGAGGUUCUGUCUGCUCUGCAAACUCAUCAGUCAUUAAAAUUAAUUAAAUCCGAUAUAUGAAAACUCCUGGUUACAUCGCAGCUCUUGUGCAUCCAGAGAUACGAGUUCACCUGUAGCGGCAGCAGCUCUGUUUCUGAACAAACCCGGACGCCUCCUGCCCUCCCCCGCCGUUCAUCCCCCCACCCUGCCUGGCAGUUCAUUUCAACCUGUCAGGGCAGACAUGGACAACUGUAAUCGUGGAUGAGAAAUUUAUUUUUCAGAUUUUAUAUAGAAAUCCAGGUUUAUCUUUUUGUCCAGCGCGCAAGAGCCGAGGUGGUUUAACGUCUAAAUCAUGCAUCAAGUUGAGUUUGUUGUUUAAAAAA